AUGUUGCUUUUGGUCCGCACGGACCUCGCAGCCGUCCAUAGAUCCCUCGCCGAUGACGCUGCAUUGCCUCUGAUGAUUCAAGAGGCAAGGGACGAGGUCUAUACUUCGUUGUACACACUGAGCGUGACCAACGGGGUGGUGCAAGUCUGUGACUACUUGAGUCGCCGGUCUUCCGAGAAAGCCCUGACUGCGAUAGACGAUAUGCAGCUCGCCGCGGCGAGCUUCGAAGAUCUCGUCAACCGAUUCAUCCUGGCCCAUACAAAUGUCAGAGAGCAGCUGAAGUCGAUCAUGUCCAGGACUCCAUCCAUCACCAGUGGGUUCAAUCCUGUGGACGGCGAGCUCGCGGUCGAGCGAGCCGUUCAAGAGGUGUUCUUAGGUCACAUCGUUCGCAUUGAACAGCUGCUGGAACCUGUCGCUGCGUCGUUCCGUCAAGUGAUCGAAAGUCUGGCAUCCGUCGAAAAGUCGCACAAUCUUCGAGAGGGAUUCAGCGACCGACCAGCCCCGCACCGACAGUUCGCCGAAUUCGACGGACUGGUGGACCAGGCCUCGAUCAAGGCGCAGUCGGCGCUAACUGCAAUCACGAACAUGCGCGACGAGAUCGCUAUGAUCCGGGACUUUGCCUUGCGGACCGACGGACGCCCUGGAUUCGAUCCGGUCGGGCGCGAGACGGCAUCCUCGAUUGAGCCUACGGUUGCGAAGCUCGAUGCGAGUAUCAUGUAUAUGGCGUGGGAACGAGCCGAGGCUCAGGCGCUGCAGCAGAGGCGUGUCCGCGAGUUCAAUAAGAAGCAGAAUUCCAAUAGUGGCCGCGCUCUUGUGGUCCUGAUCUUACACUUUGACUGGAAUUCCAAGCUCAGGCGGAGUUCUAGGGAUUGUGGAUGGACGGUCAAGCUGGCUCAAAAUCCACUGUGGCUUUGGUGCGAAUAUCGAGUCCACUUCGAAGAGGAAGCAAUCGACGACCGCGGCUUGUCCAGUGUCUUCAAGACAGCCUGCCUUCCCAAGAAGCAAGACAUCCCACCACAAGAUCUCCACGAGACACUACAACGAUCUCGUGAUCCACCUUCAAGUCAAGACAAGAUUCAGUCCUCACACCACCACCAACGUAUCACUCUCGACGCAGACCUCAUGGAUUUCUCUCAAGAAUUCGAAGUCGGUGCGCCGGAAUAUCUCGUCUACCGCGACAUCCCGUUCGACCCAACCUCGCCGAUCUGCUUUUUCCCCCCAAAGGACUCUGAUGAGCUCUUCGAUGCUCUGCGCAUUGCCUUCCCGCAUCUAAGGACUCAUGCCGAGCGUAUGGGAGAAGUCGUCAUUCAGUUUCUCCUCAGCGAGAGACCUGGCGAGCGGCAGUCCGAGCCUUCCCCUGCAAUGACAAUGGACACUUCCACAGUCACAUGGCCAUCCGUGGCAUCGGGAUCCACUUCAUCAUCCUUCAGCAGCCCGGAGCUUAUCAACUUCGGAUCUUUUGCGAACUCUCCUCAGGUCGACCCCACUGUGCUCACUCGACAAGUAUCAAACGCAACAUCGAGCCAGAAUAGCCCGCCAUCGCUCGAUCAAAUGACUGGCGUCUUCAGCCUGUCGACAAGCUCUCAGACCAAGCAAAGAACCCGGCGCAAGAUGACCGAGGCAGAGAAGAUUGAGUAUCAGAAACGUAGGAUAGUAAAGGCGUGCGAAAAGUGUGCGAAGAGAAAGCGCAAGUGCACUCAUAAUCAGGCCGAGAUGCAGACCAUUCAUAAGUCGACUACCAAAGUCGCCAAACCUGCAUCCUCCAAGUCGACGAAAAUGGCCAAACAAGCAACCGCCUCUCGGGAGGAAUUCUCGCAAACCGAUCAUACCUUCGCUCUCAACGGCAUGGGUGCAGACCUUCUUUCAGGAAGCAACUUCGAUGGCGGGAAAUUCGACAUGUUCGACGAUGCGCUGCCAGACCUUAUUGUGGACGACUUCAUCAACCUGGACCACUUCCAAUACGACCACACGGUGCCCCACACUCACCAGCAGGGCGGCCAGUACACGUCGAACACCACACAUCCAGCUCUAGAUCCGUGGUCCGACUUCACGCUGCUCGAUCCUAUCUUCCACGAGCACGACUCCAACAGCCACCAACGAGCUUCACAGACCUUCACGCCCGCCGAGCUAAGCGAUUCGACCUUCGCACGCCGAAAUGUGUAUGAAACUGAGAGAGCAAACCCUCAUCGAUCUACAAUGACCGGAGCACAAUCGAUGGCAUCAACACAGGACAGCAGAGGUGACUGGGAAACACAUUUUGACCACAGUACAGCUCUGCAAGACAGUAGAGAGCGCAACAUCAGUCCAAGCGCGACACUGGCCGACGGUGCUCGUAAUGACUCUGCCUCGCCUCAUGGAGAAUCGCAGCAUGUUCCUGGUAGGCCGAGACGGCCCAUGAAUGAGCGCGAGAAGGGCCAAGCUCACGAAUCGACAUCUGGACCAUCAUUCCGAGAACACGGAACGGAGAGCAUCCUCCAAGGCGCACAGAGCUCCCUCCAAACGGACUGUCAACAUGAUAGUCUGAAUGACCUGUCACAGAGAACACAAACACGAACGCUCGGAGAAGGCAUCACAUCCGAUACCAAUCUCUCCACAGAGCUAUUUGGUCUGCGCCGCCGAAUCUCUACACGACCAUACAAGAGGCCAUCACUACCAGGAAGCAGUAAACUCACCGUGACCGCGGACCCGCGUCUACAGACUAUAGCGUCAUCCUCCGCACCGCUCUCGUCGAGAGUCCACAUCGCCCUGCUACCACACACCAUGUCAAACGACCAACACGACAUCCGCUUGUCGAGAUCGCCAGACACCCGCCCGGCUCAUGAACUCCGGCCCUCCGCACACGCUGCAUUCUCCUCGUCAUCGUCGCAGGGCGCGGCGCAUGCAGAAUCACCAUCCGGCUUCCACGGCGGAGCCUCACUAUCGCCAUCGCGAGACCGUCUGUCCGAUCACCGUCGCUUCCGCGAUCACCACGGUAGACCAAGCCAAUCGGAACACCGCCCAUCAGACAUCGGACGCUUCCGCCCUGAUCACAACGGUAGAGUUUCGACACCAGCGGGAUUACCGGGCCAGGCCUGGGCCGCAGUCGCCGUUGCCCUCGGCGUGCUGUUCUUGGCCAUCACGUUCUUUCCGCCGAAUAUCAGCCUCCCCAUGGCUGUGCUGGCGAGUCUGCAGCCGUCGUCAAUGUCGUUCGCCCAGCUUGCUCCAGAGUCGGAGAGUGAUGUAGACGACUCAACGACGUGGUCGAAGAUCUCGACGUCGACGUCGUCCUCUUUGAUCCGCGACCGGGCUCUCAAGACGAGACAGCUCUUGCGCGGGAAUCUCCCGUGGGCAGGCUUUGGACUGUUCGAAACCGCAAAGCAGCAUGCCCGUGUACGCGAACCAACGGGUCAGAAAGACGCUUUCGCAUGGACGCAUAUUAAGGCGUACGUCUUCACUUACACACAAUGGUAUCUCAAAGCACACGCCGCUCGCUAA